ACAAUGGUCAUUUUGCUUUGUCCUAAGUGUAUCAUCUUAAUAGUUCAAAUUUCAAAACUUGCCGUCAUUGACAAAAUAAGAACCGCAUGAAACAAAGAUUAAAAGAUCAGGAUUAUCAGUUUAAGGCAGAUUGCAUUGAUAAGAAGAAGGUUUUCAGUACCGAGGAAAUUUAAUAUAGCUUUUAAAGAAAAAUAAACUUCGGUAAUUUUAAAGAUAUCACAAAAGUUGACAGGCGUACAUAUCUAAUAAAGUGUUUGCAUGUUCAUUUACAUUUGUGCGUCUGUUUUGAAAGGAUUUUAUUCACAAAGUGAGAACCUCCGUCUGAGGAUGCCAUUAUGGAACUAAGAAGAUUAUCGUAAGGCACUAACCGGAUCUAUUUUAUCGUGAGGCGGAAUUCUUCGUGCAUCAUGGACGCGUCAUAUCCGUUGUGGGUUAUCCUGUCUCUUACCACGAUUAAUCAGUUUUUCCAGUACGCACUAGGUCAGAACCGAACAAGGCGUGAAUCAACGGACGAGCAGCGUCUGUUUUCAGCCCUCAUGUAUAACUACGACCACAAUACUAGACCCGUCUACAACGCCGCGCAUCCUGUAAACGUCUCUAUCGGUAUUACCCUCACGCAGAUAUUCGACGUUGAUGAAAGAAACCAGGUCAUAUCAACAAAUGUUUGGCUAGACCAAGAGUGGUUUGACGAAAAGCUUGUCUGGGACCCGGCCGAGUAUAACGGGCUGAAAGUGUUCCGAAUGCCAUGUGCCAGUAUCUGGAGGCCCGACAUUGUGCUCUAUAACAGCGCGGAUGAUUACAACGAUGGGUACAUGCAGGCGCUCGCAAUGGUCCAUAACAAUGGCCAUGUGUUCUGGCCCCCUAUUGUUAAAUUGAGGAGCACGUGCAACAUCGACAUCACAUACUUCCCGUUCGAUGACCAGAUUUGCAAACUCAAGCUUGGGUCGUGGGCGUACGACGGAUUUCAGGUUGACUUGUUUUCUCGCGAACACCCAGUCGACCUCAGUAACUUUGUGAGCAAUGGCGAGUGGGAACUGAUUCACGUUAGUGCUAUACGUAACCAGAUAACCUAUCCCUGCUGUCCCGAGCAUUUCCCAGAUAUCACCUUCCACAUCCACAUUAGGCGACGAACCCUCUACUACACCUACAAUGUGAUCAUUCCUUGUGUUAUGCUCUCCAUGCUGGCGCUAUCAGGGUUUUGGAUGCGCCCGGACAGUGGCGAGAAAGUGACAUUGGGAUUGACGGUUCUUCUAGCGUUUUCUGUCUUCAUGUUGCUCGUUGCGGAGAAUAUGCCGGCAACCUCAAGUUUUGUGCCGCUGAUAGGAAUAUACCUCACAACUGUCAUGUCGAUGACCUCACUGUCAGUGAUUCUUGCUGUUUUAUCGUCAAAUAUAAAUCAUCGCGGCCAGAAAGAGAUCGCUGUACCAAGAUGGCUGAUAUCCUUGUUAUGUUUUCUCAGUAAAAUAAUGUGCAUGGACAUGUUGUUCAUUCGACCAAAUGGAAGGGAUUUCAGUGAAUAUAGAAAACAGUCUUCUAGAUCUUUAGACCAAAGACAACACGGUGUGAACAGAACUUAUCAGUGCAUGAGUACAGCUUUGUCCGGUGAUUCUGGUUGUUUGAUGGAUUAUGAAAAUGGAAACGCGCAUUCGCAUAACAGAACCACAUGUGAAAGCCAAAACCACAUAUCACACCAGCCAAACAGACAAGCUGAUGAAAGCAAGGAUUUAACCCUGAUUCUUGAACGAUUGGAUGAUUUAAUAGCCAAAGAAGACGAUAGGGAAAGAGCCGAAGUGUUUAUCAAACAGUGGGUUGAGGUUGCUGAAAUUAUUGAUCGCUUUUUCUUCUGGUUGUUUGUCAUAAGCACGUUAUUUGCAACAUUAUUCUUGAUAAUUAUUUAUCCUUUGUUCAAGAAUCCGGGCACAAUAGGACAAAUGACUUGAAAUAUUGCUAUAAGACAUGAUUUGUGACAUAUCCUCUGCAAUGGUGGUAAGAAUGGUAGCUUUUCAAAGCAACUUCACCUCAAAUUUACGGCAAUUAGCCAAAAUAACUCCGCAAAUGGAGAUUAUGCCGUUUUGAUGCCUUUAACAUGGCCAACGGCCAUGGUUGACAACUUUAAAGCAUGAUAAUCUAAUGUAAAUAUAUGUACUAUUAGCCAAUCUGUUUCUUGUUUUUUAUUAGUUAGUUUUUCCUGUAUUAUGUUUGUGAUUCUGUUUAGUUAUUACGUAAUUUCAUGAAAAUAACCAAAACGUGACACUGUAUCUGUGCUGAUUUAAUCAUUUGUUUUUUAGAUAAAAUGUUUGUGAACUUUGCAUGAAUACUUUGAAUGUGUUUUGGAACGUGUCGGACAUUUCAAUGGAACAUCAUUAUGAUUAGACACACGAGAAGCAUUCGCUUUAAUGAUGCGUCGGAAGUGACAUUAGGGCACUUUCACAGUGCAAAAGCGGGCAUACAGGCGAAACCAUAUACACUUCAAAAUGUCAAAAUAUGUGUCUUUGUAAGUGCUGAAUUUCAGCAAGCUUUGUUAAUGUUUUAACAGCUCAAGUGUAGUAAAUUAGAUUUUUUUUUCAUUUGCUAAAACAUUUGUGAUCAACCAAUCAGCAAUGUAUCAUAGUUUCAUGGUGAUUACUUUAAUUCAUAUUUUAUAUUUGCAUGUUUGUAAACCAGAAGUUCAUUUCACUACACCUUUGUUUACUAAUUUCUUGAACAUCUUUCAUUUUCGUAAACAUAUUAUCAAAAAGCCACAAAACAUUGUUAAUUAUAUCAUCUGGAACAUUUUGACAAAACAGAAAGAAUCGAUAUUGCCGAAAUAAGUUUCCCCAAGAGUCAAAAUAUAUUUUAAGUAAAUCUGUUAGAAAAAUAGUUCUUCGUCAAAUGUCCUCAACAUCUUAAAGCCCCCAAAACGAUUGCAAAUAAUUAAAAGAAUGUAUAGAAUACUAAAGAUUGAACUUAUUCGCUAACUGAAAAAUGAAGCGAUUUUAAAAGUCGGCCUUCCCCACCCAUUUCGUAAUAUAGAAUGACAUUAAAAUAAACUCAUCAAGGAAUCAAAUAUACUGAAUGGUUUUGAAUGUAUAUGGAACCCGCUUUUUCGAUGAUAUAAACGUGUUUAUAUAUAUAUAUGUGCACAUAUACAUAUAUAUAAAUGAAUAUAUAUAUAUAUAUAUAUAUACAUCAAAUAACCUUUACCUCCGCAGAUGAAACUUCCAUCUGUAAAGAAUAAUGAGUUAUCUUUUUAAGUAUAUAUUUAAGAAUUAAAGAUUACACAAUUGUUGAAUGCAUUUAGUAUUUAUUUGCAAGUUUUAACAGUGUCCUAAGAAAAGACGUUAAAUUUUCGAUGUAGAAUUCAUGUUGUUUCAGAUAGUUUUUUGGAUUACAUUUAUUAUUAUAUUAAUUAUGUAUGAAUA